UCUGACUGCUAGACAACUAACCAGACCAGACGAGACCGACGCAGACAGAGACGCAACAUGGAUCCGAACACGACAAUUUUGCGAGUUAAGAGAAAAAGGGGCACCGACCCCGCCGAUGCGUUAUUGCUGGCUUGCAAACGUAUCCGACCGGAAACCUCCCAGAGCUCGAGCGAAACGGUACCAGAGCCCGGCGAAGCGGAGGUUGAGAACUCCGUCUUCAAACUAGUGGCGACCGUGGCGACACAGGAUGCUCCUGUCCAGACGCAGGUCCGACAGGCUCUGGCUCGGCCUCGCAUGGCUCAUGCUGUGCGGCCCUCUGCUGGCAGCUCACAACGGAUAAUCGGAGAUCUACGGAGCACAAAGUGGAGCACCCGGAGGGAGGAACGCUAUAGAAUACUCUCAAGCCACCGUGCAGGGCUGUCAAGCCCAGCUGAGCAGCAAACCCCCCAGACAGAUGCCUCUGAGGCUGUAGAGGAAAGUGUGAAAGAGACAGGCAAACUUUGUGGUAUCGGCGAAAUCCAGGUGGUGGAUCUCAUCCACGAGGAUGUCAUAGACCAGGACAAACUGUCUGACAAGACCCUGUCCUCAGAUCCAGAAGUGGUCCUGUGCAACAACACCAAGAUGCUGCGGGAGCGUCUGAGUAUAACUGGAGAGCGCCUGGGAGAGGAGCACCGGGAGCAGGAUGAUGACUAUGUCUACGAUCUUUACUACCAGGAAACAGUCACACCAGGGUGGAUCCAGGACAUCCUGUCUGUCAGGGCCUACGCAGAUGAGGGAGAACUGGUUCCUGAUCUCGUGGUUCAUGAAGAGGAGGUGUACGAAGAUGAGGAUGAUGAGAACGAGGAGGGGAACUGGAGGAAUGACUACCCUGAUGAGGAGAGUGAUGAAGACAGUGACAGAGAGGAGCGCUAUGGUGGUUACUGGGAGGAGGAGCACUCCUACAGCAGGAGGAGCUGGCAGCGCUACCAGAGGGAGGUGCUGCAUGAGCUGGGCUGUGGUGGUAAGGAGGCGGAUGAGGAGGAGGACGACGAUGAUGGAGACAAAUAUGAUUCCAACUAAUCUGCUGCAUAUGAUCCCCACUCAGUGGAUCUUCCCAGUGCCCUCUGCACAAAUAACCCAUACUCUAGAGACUACUGUGUAGGUAAGAGUAGAAGAACUCACUGCGACAAGAAAGAAAAUCCCACCUUGCAGAGAAGCAAGGUGUAGAUGAGAUUUUACAAAGUUUCUAAUUUCAAGUAAAAUUGAGAAACAUUCCAUUAACACCGGGAACAAUGUACUGUUCUUUGUGCCAAAGUUUUAAAAGUCACAAAGCUUGUUGACUAGUUAUUUAGAAACUGCACACAUGUGAAUGAAUCCAUCUCUUACUACUCAGAUGGUAAAGGAGUAGGUGUUAUUUCUGGAAGGAUCCAGUGUUUUUUGUUUUGUUUUUUUACUGUGGUGGAGUGAAUUUGUGUGUGGGUGUAUGUUCGAAGUGGAUGUGCGUUUGAAAUGUUGCACAUUAGUGGGAUAUGCCUUGUGUGCUUUGUGCUAUGUUAGUGAGACGUCUCGGGCCAUGUGUGGUUGCAAUUUAGGGUGUUUGCAUUUUGUGCACGGUAGCGUGUGUUCGUACAACUGUGUGUGUUAGAUUUUUGCAUAAUAUGAAAGUGCGACACAUCAUUUUUAUUGUGAGUGCGUGUUUCUCUUGGAUGCUUGAUGAGUUAAACCGUUUGUAAAUAUGUAGAUGUGUAUAAAAACAAAGCUUUCAAAAUAA